AUGUCACAAACCACGCUGUCGGCUCCCAUGCCGCCAAUGUCAAAUCCCAUCAUGCUCACACCCACAAAUCCCCAGUCCAGAUCGCCCUUCAACAAGGUCCCUCUUGAGGUCCUUCUCCGUAUCUCGUCACUCCUCAACACGACGGAACUGAGCGCCCUGCGCCUCACGUGCAGGUCCAUCGAGCAAUCCCUGUUCAACACCUUCAUGAAGGAAUACUUCACCAAGCGUCAGUUCAUGCUCACCGAGUUCAGCCUGCAGGCCCUCAUCGAUAUCAGCAAGUCGCGGCUAAGUGAUUGCCUCGACCAUGUCAUCAUUGGCCUGAACUGCUUCACGCGCCACUACUUCCCCCCCGGAAAGGAGGCCUGCGAGACUCGCUACCGCGAAGCUCAGGCCGACCAUUUUGCCCUCGUCCACAGCGGUCAGCAUGUCCUCAUGCUGACCGAGGCUUUCCGCAACCUGAAGAACCUACAGACAGUGGGCAUCCGCGACUACAACUCCAAGGCCCGCAGCCUUCGCGAUGGCUUCACUGCCACCUGGGCGAGCUACGGGGCCACGACGCUCGAGAAGGAGACGGAAGUCAACCUCUUCCGCGUUCCCAUCGACGAGAUCCAGGCCUACACCAACAAGGUCUUCAUUUCCCUCUUCACUGCACUCGGAAACGCCGGCGCACGCCCCAAGGCCUUUGAGCUGCUCCGGAAAGGCCAGGGCGUCCCCUCAGAUGACGCGUUCAAUCUCUUCACCAACUAUCUCGGGCCCAAGGUCGCCCCUGUCAUCGAAGGCCUCGAGACAUUCAUCUGUGUUGUCAACGUAGCCAACGGCCCGUUCAGGACCACGGCUCCCACACACGGCGCUGAGGACAACACGGCCUUCAGUCGACGUCGGCACGACUAUCUCCUGCGCCUCUUCCUGGGCUACAUGUCCAACUUGAAGCACUUAAGGUUGAACUUUAGCCACCCGGGCAACAACUCGGAUGCCGUCGAUCACUUCAUCAACUGGCUGGGCACACCGGCUUUCAAGUCCCCGUCCACGCCUCCCAUUUUCGACCCCCAGCUUCCGUCGCCCCCUCCCCCGGUGGCGUUUCCGCAUCUCGAGGAGCUCAAUCUAGGCUUUCUGGAUGCCGAGCCAAAGCGGCUUAUCCAUCUUGUUCGGAAGCUCUCGCCGACGCUCAAGAAACUGGAGUUCUGGAAGCUUACUCUGUGGAACAAAGCAGCCGAGGCCCGCGGCACAGAGGAGCGACGUGACCACUACAAGGUCAACCUGUGGGCCAAGAUGCUCAAGGCGCUGUGCGACGUGCCUAACUUAAACCUGGACCACAUCAUGAUCGGCAGCCCUGCCCAACGUACCUUCAUGACGAACACCAAGGUCUGGUUCCAUAGCAAGGACGCCUCGCCCAACGACAAAGUGGACAAGAAAGAGUACACGGGCAUCGACUGGAAGCACUUUGUCGAAGAAUUGGCCGGGCAAGUCAAGGCGGAACUUCCGCUCGAGACGAGUUCGGACUCGGACGAAGACGACGUGUACGACUCGGACUUGGACGACAACUUGAUGGAAGAAGAAGAGCUAGAUGAUGACGAUGAGCAUGGCGAAGAGUGA